AUGGAUCCUUGUGGAAAUGGCUACGAUGUAUAUGAUCUGUACGACUUGGGCGAAUUCGACCAGAAAGGAUCACGAGCGACGAAAUGGGGAACCAAGGAAGAGCUCCUGGAGCUCACCGCAGCCGCUCGAGAUCUCGGUGUUGGCGUUCAUUGGGAUGCUGUUCUCAACCAUAAAGCAGGAGCAGAUUUCACAGAACGAUUUCUGGCUGUCCAAGUAGACCCGGAAAGACGAGAUGUUGAGAUCUCACGCCCAAAGGAGAUCGAGGGCUGGGUGGGGUUCGAUUUCAACGGCCGCGGCGACUUCUAUAGCUCGAUGAAUUAUCGCUGGUACCAUUUCAAUGGCGUCGAUUGGGACGAAUCGCAGAAGAAGAACGCGAUCUACAAGAUUGCAGGGCCGAACAAGGAUUGGGCUAACGAUGUCGGCCACGAGUUCGGCAACUACGAUUAUCUGAUGUUUGCAAACCUGGAUUACUCUAAUGCAGAAGUCAGAAGGGAUCUUCUUAACUGGGGCGAAUGGAUCGGCACUCAACUGCCUCUCAGUGGUAUGAGGCUAGACGCUGCAAAACACAUGUCGGCUGCUUUCCAGAGGGACUUUGUCGAUCAUGUUCGGAAGACUCUAGGACCUGAUUUCUUCGUAAUCUCGGAAUACUGGCGCUGUGAUCUCAAAGAACUCCUGCAUUUCCUGGAGAUGAUGGAACACCGAGUUCAUCUCUAUGAUGCCGUAUUGGUUGACCGAUUCUCGAAAAUCUCCCGGACCCCCGAAGCUGACCUGCGGGGAAUUCUCGAUGGUACAUUAGUUCAGAGCAAACCUCAACAUGCUAUUACAUUUGUCAUGACUCAUGAUACGCAACCAGGCCAAAUGUUAGAGGUGCCGGUCGCAUCUUUCUUCAAGCCAUUAGCAUAUGCUCUGAUCCUACUACAGAAUAAAGGACAACCCUGUGUCUUCUGGGGUGAUCUUUACGGGAUCAGGGGAGGCAAACAUCCAACGAAGCGUUCGUGUGGAGGCAGGCUUCCGAUUCUCACAAAAGCCCGUAAGCUCUACGCGUACGGAGAGCAGCGGGAUUAUUUCGACGAGAGGAACUGCAUCGGAUUUAUUCGCUACGGCAACCGGCGGCAUCCCUCGGGUUUAGCUUGUAUCAUGAGCAACGCCGGCCCAUCGCAGAAGCGCAUGUUCGUUGGUCAGCAGCAUGCAGGAGAGCAGUGGACGGAUAUCCUCGAGUGGCACUCCGGAACGGUCACCAUUGACCGUCGAGGAUACGGCAUAUUUCCCGUAUCGAAGGUGAGCGUCAGUGUGUGGGUGAAUGCCAGGGCAGAAGGAAGGGAGAGCCUCAAAAGUCACUUUGAUACGGAUGUGUACAAAUAUGGACGUUCUUGA